AUGAGCUCAGAGACCACAUAUUCUAUUCUUAGUAUUGAAGCUAAGGAGGAAGAAGAACAUCAGCCAGGACAUAGUAAGAGAUCUGAAGAGACUAAAGAAGCUAAGAAUACUGAGGAGGUGGAGGACACAGUUAAGACUAAGGCUGAGCAGUAA